UAUUCCCAAUCUCAAACCCAAAAAUCACUACCCCCCCUCCCCCCCCAAAAUCCCCAAUGUCAAACCCACAAACCCACAAAUCCCCAAUCUCAAUCCCUACCCCACGGCGAGCGGCGAAGGAGCGGCGUCGGAGCAGCGGAGGAGGAGCAGUGUCGUCGGAGGAGCAGCAUCGGAGCAGCAGCAGCGGCGUCGGAGCAGCGGAGGAGGAGCAGUGUCGUCGGAGGAGCAGCAUCGGAGCAGCAGCAGCGGCGUCGGAGCAGCGGAGGAGGAGCAGUGUCGUCGGAGGAGCAGCAUCGGAGCAGCAGCAGCGGCGUCGGAGCAGCGGAGGAGGAGCAGUGUCGUCGGAGGAGCAGCAUCGGAGCAGCAGCAGCGGCGUCGGAGCAGCGGAGGAGGAGCAGUGUCGUCGGAGGAGCAGCAUCGGAGCAGCAGCAGCGGCGUCGGAGCAGCGGAGGAGGAGCAGUGUCGUCGGAGGAGCAGCAUCGGAGCAGCAGCAGCGGCGUCGGAGCAGCGGAGGAGGAGCAGUGUCGUCGGAGGAGCAGCAUCGGAGCAGCAGCAGCGGCGUCGGAGCAGCGGAGGAGGAGCAGUGUCGUCGGAGGAGCAGCAUCGGAGCAGCAGCAGCGGCGUCGGAGCAGCGGAGGAGGAGCAGUGUCGUCGGAGGAGCAGCAUCGGAGCAGCAGCAGCGGCGUCGGAGCAGCGGAGGAGGAGCAGUGUCGUCGGAGGAGCAGCAUCGGAGCAGCAGCAGCGGCGUCGGAGCAGCGGAGGAGGAGCAGUGUCGUCGGAGGAGCAGCAUCGGAGCAGCAGCAGCGGCGUCGGAGCAGCGGAGGAGGAGCAGUGUCGUCGGAGGAGCAGCAUCGGAGCAGCAGCAGCGGCGUCGGAGCAGCGGAGGAGGAGCAGUGUCGUCGGAGGAGCAGCAUCGGAGCAGCAGCAGCGGCGUCGGAGCAGCGGAGGAGGAGCAGUGUCGUCGGAGGAGCAGCAUCGGAGCAGCAGCAGCGGCGUCGGAGCAGCGGAGGAGGAGCAGUGUCGUCGGAGGAGCAGCAUCGGAGCAGCAGCAGCGGCGUCGGAGCAGCGGAGGAGGAGCAGUGUCGUCGGCGGAGGAGUAGUUUCUUCCUUUGAUUUAUCUGUUCGACCUGAUUACACUAUUGUUGUUUCAGACAGAUGGACCAACUGAAAUGGAGAAGAAUGUUGAAGAUAUGCCACCGAAUGCAGAACCUGAUAUUAAUAUUGAAGACCCCAGUACAGGAAACUUGGACAGUAAUCAGAAUCAGGAGGGUAUGAUUAUUGCUUUAUGCCUGUGUUGCAACUUGUAUUUCCUAGAUUAUUGUUUAAACUAUUGCCUGAACCUGCAUGUAGUGUGAUGUGUUUGUUAAAUCAAUGAGUACAUAUAAGUAUCUCUCUGCAAUUCUCUGAUCAUUUUGGGUUUCAAAUUCAUUGUGGCACUAAAAUCUCUAUGCUUGGUACUUACAUUUAUAAUUUUGGUAAUUCCUAUUUCUCGUGAUUACAUUUUAUCUAUUUUCCCCUCCAUCUAAGCGAAGUAUCUUUUUGUGAUUUGAUAACCGUAAAAUGGUAUUGAAAUGUAUAAUCAAUGGGGAUCAGAAGAGGGCAACAAGAAUCUGGUAUUGCGCAAGCCUACUCUUGAAUGUGAAUUGUGAGUUUGCUGCAUAUGUCUUCUGUUAAGCCACCAAAUUUUCUAAAUUCUUAAUUUGUUAAGAAAUGGGUAUAACAAUAUAUAUUAAGCUCUACAACACUGCUUUCGUGCAGCCUCAUCUCGUAGAUGGAGAGGUGAAUCAAUUGAAUUGAAUGUGUGCACAAACACGUGCAGAUGUGAACAAAUUGAACUGAAUGGGUGCACUAAAACACAAAUAGAACGGAGUACAUAACAACAAACAUAAUAAGGGGAACAAGCAUAAAUUAAGAACCCAAAACCUCCUGGAGCCAGAGUUUUGCAUGUUAAGUUACCUAAUUCUCACAAAAGCUUGGACUGUUAGAUAAUGGACUCAACAAUGUAUAUUAAGCCAGCCAACACUUUCCAUUAGAAAAUGGCUUGUUGUUUAAGAUAUUAU